AGUGGAUGCAGUGCAGGUAGUCUGUUGGUUGUGCUAUAGGACCAAACAUUCAAUUUGAAGAUAUCGGCAAUUUUCAACGGAAUUUUUUUUUCUUUCUUUUUUUUCUUUUCCUUUAACAUAUUUUUUCGUACGAGUCAACCAACCGUCUCUGAAUGGAAUGACUUGACUUCUCCCGAGACGGCUGUUAUAGGGCCUGGAUAAAACUGCCUUGCGAAGAUUGAAGAGAGAACCAUAAAAAAAACAACUCAAAAAUGACAUCAUUCUCAUCUAGAUUCCUCGGACGGCUCUCCGGCAGCUCGACCUUCUUCCCCAUCAAGCCGACCAUAUGGGUCCUCAAGACCUUUGCCUUGUUCCACGUCUUCUUUUAUAACGGCUACAGCUACUCGGCCACCUGGGGACCCUCCAUGCUGCCGACCUUUGAGGUUGUCGGCGAGGCCGCUGUCAUCAACCGCACGUACCGCCGUGGCAGGAACAUCGGGGUCGGUGACGUCGUGGCCUACGACAUACCCGUGGAGAAGAAGGACACGGGCAUGAAGAGGGUCAUUGGCAUGCCUGGAGAUUACGUCCUCAUCAACUCGCCAGAGAGCGGGAGCAGUGAGAUGAUUCAGGUGAGACGGGCAAAAAUCCUCCAACCCCCUCUUUUGUACUUUUUAUUUUCAGGCUCUCUUUCUCCCUUUUGAUCCCAAAAUAUUCACCCUCCUUGUUUCUCUUGGCGCUUUCUUUCGACAGAACAGCUUCUUACCCCCAAACUGGUAAGCUGCACCAUAAGACGCCAAGGAAGAGAGAGAGAGAGAGACAGAGAGAGAGGUGGGUAGGGGUCCCUCCGGGUCAUUGUUGGCUCGUGGGAGACAACAUUCCCGCCUCAAGAGACUCGCGUCACUACGGACCAGUGCCUCUUGCCUUGAUCCAUGGGAAAGUGGUUGGCAAAUGGUUCCCAUGGAAAAGAUUCAAGAACGGCCUGCAGAAAGUCUCCGAAUCCGACUAGAGACGUUCUUUUUCCGACUUUUCAGUUCCAAGAUCACGCUUCACGCCAAAACGUCCCAUAUAAAACUGGGCCGAGAGAACUUUUUUUACACUUUGGGAUUCAGGGGCGAAGCGGCAAACAUGAUUAACCGCCUACAUGAUUCGCUUCCAUGCUUGAAAUUAUAACGUCACAUCGUCUUGGGUUAUGAGAUGCUUAAAAAAAAACUCCCAAGUUUCGGGGUCUGCACGGCAACAUCGUCUCACCCUCACGUACGCCACCAUGGUGAAAUACUAGUUCUAGACGACUAAAAUAUCGAGUGUCCAGUCUGACAGCCAUAAGCGGAUGAACUAUCAGACCCGAGUGGCAAUCAUCAGACAUAAGCAAUUCCAGCAAUUUGAACGCCAUGCUUAACUAGAUAGGGUCAGCACUUUCAGUCAGAACUGGAGAUCACUUGUUAAAUCAUCACGCUUAUACACCCCGCAAUCACCAAAAAAGAAGUAUUUGAAAUCAUACCCAGGUUGACUAAGCAUCAAAACAAUAAUAUCAAACACGAUUAUUUCGCUCAGUUCACACAAAGAUAAAAAUGUUGGAAUACUCGU